CUGCUGGAUAGUAAGAGAGAGAGAGAGAGAGAGAUAGGAGGGAGGAGAGAGCCGCGGAACAGAUGUGACAGGACUUUUUUUCACACCUCUCGUUUUGGGGACUUUACAAUCUACAUUUUUUUGCCGCACGUGUGUGUGUGAGUUUUUUUUCGUUUUUUUCUUUUUCUUUUCUGACGUUUUUCUUAAAUUAUUCUCACUCCGGCCGACGACAAUGUCGGAGAGCAUCGCGAGGAAGGUCCAGCCUUUCACCAUCGGCACCAAGCUGUCCGCCCCGGCGGUGCCCAAGAGCCCCGACUUCACGCCACAGAGCUUCCACCUCCGUCCCCUACACCACCACCCUCAACACCGCCUCCGUCACCAACACCACCACAGCGUCAACAAGAGCCUGGACAACCGCACGCCGGCCUCCUGCAACCUCAACGACAACGCCUCUCUCUACCUCAGCCUCUCUCAGGGGUCCCAGGCGUCCCAGGCCGGCCACGGACCCCUCACUGUCUCAGUCCUGCCCCCCACUGUGAGGCAGACCGGGACCCUGACACAAGCGGUGGUGCUGGCGGUGGCAGUCCAGCCGGCUGGGGUGGACAUGGCAGAGGAGGACCAGCUGAACCAGAACGUUCUGGCUGCUUCUACUACUACUACUACUACUACUACUACUGCUACUGGGAGUGCUACGUCCACCACCACCACCACCACGGCCGUGUCGCGGUCCAUCAAGAAGAUCACCAUCUCGGGCAGCCGAGAGAGCAGCCGGGAUACGCAGGCUGCCAGUAGGCUCCUCGCUCAGGGGUCGGGUAAAUCCUCGCCCGGCCAGAACACCAACAACAACAACAAUAACAACAAGAUCACAGCCACGGCCAGAGCAGAGGCUCCACUGCCUGCUAUUGUGGGGGUGAGCUGUGAGAAUAAGCCCGGUUCUCACUUUAAGGUCUUACUUAGAAAGGACCGAGUCGCUGAAGCCCAGACCGUUAAAGAACAGACCACAUUACAAGUGAAGAGUGAGAGUGCUGCUCUGCAGGUGACCUCAGUUCCCCGGCCCCGGUCGCCCAGGACCGAGUUAAAGAGGAGAGAGACCCAGCAGCAGCAGCACCCAGGCCUACACAACAACGGGCCUUUGCCCGUCGUAUCCCACAGUGACUGCUUUACCCAGCGGAACGCCCUCUUCAACCAGGAGAUCCUCCAGGCCGAGGCAUGGAUCAAGAGGAGGCUGCAGGAGCUACAGGGAGGCCCCGCUGGCCAGUGCUGCCCCCUGCAGGGCAGCGAGGAGGCCUCCACCACGCUGCACAGAGACCUCAAGGUCUUCGAGAACACGCUGACUCAGCUCAACCAGACGGGCGAGCAGUUGAUCUGCAAGCUGAACCCCUCGGCGGAGCUGGCGAGGAGACAGCUGAGCCAGCUCAGAGAGCACUGGCAGACGCUGAGACAGACGGCGGCCAAUCAGGCGAGGGCGCCGGGUGGCGUUGGCGUGAGGAGCUUGCAGGAGUUCAACAGGAAAGUCGAGCGACUCGAGGCCUGGAUCAGAGACAAGGAAGCAGAGCAGAGCCUGUCUAACAUCCUGGCGGAAAACGUGGACAAAAUGCAGCUCACGAGGAAGAUCCUCGAUCUGAAACAGGAGGAGCUGCUCCAGAGAACCCUCCACGAGGAGAUCAACCAGCUGGCCUCCAGGCUGGAGAAGCAGGGGAAGACGGACGGCCGACAUGUCUCCAGCACCAGGAAGAACGUCAACAAAAUGUGGCUGAAGGUGCAGGCCCAUCUGAAGACCUACCACGAGGACCUGCAGCUCGCUCUGGAGGCGUCCUCGCUCUACCACCAGGCAGACAGCAUCCUGUCGGCCAUCCACAACGUGAGGAGAAGUCCACGUGAGCGCGGGGACACCGAGUCGCACGGCGACAGGGAGAUCCGGGACAUCGCCAGUCAGAUCAUGAUGCUGAACGUGAACGUCUCCCAGCUGGCCAACCUCCACCCCGCCCUGGCGCCCGGGCUCUCCCAGAAGCAGAGUGAGGUGAAGGACUCCUGGGCAGCCCUUCAGAGGGCCCUGAGGGAAGAAGAUGACCCCGUGACACCGGGACGAGAACCGCAUCGCGUAAUGGGAACCGAGCCCAAAAGGAUCAUGGGAAAAGAGGGGAAGGAGGAGCUGACCCGUCUCAAAAGCUGCGCGACCACCAGCAACAGCCGAAGCAGCAAGAGAACUCCCAGCAGCCCCGGCGGCGAGCCACGGCCCACAAGCCACGCCCCCUCUGCCCCGGGAGACGCCCCCGCCUGGCAGGAUGAUGUCAUGCUCAGACGUCGCUCCGCAGGCGAAAGGAAACCGCGAGUGGUGGAGCAGGAGGCCCCGCCCCCCCUCCGGGCCCACCCGCAGCUUCAGGCCCAGCUCCAGAAGUUCACCGUGUCUGCCGACAAGACCCUGUCGUGGCUGAAGGAGAAUGUGGGCCUGGCCACACAGGUGUGCUCUGUGGUCGGUCAGGACGGGCUGGAGGCGGCCAGGCGCUGUCAGGAAGCUCUGGAAAAAGAGAUCCUGUCCAAUGGAACCAGGAUAGAGGUGGUCAAGAGGGAGGGGCGGGGCUUGAUCCGGGCCCAGCACCCCGGCAGCGAGAAGAUUGAGACCUUCCUCGGCCAAUUGGAGUUCCUGUGGGAGGAGCUGAGGAGGAGGCACCAGAGGAACGCCGGCUUCCUGCAGGCCUCGGAGGAGCUGGGGUUCCGGGCGCUGAAGGCUCUGCGGGGGCUGAGCGGUCUGGAGGCGUGGCUGGAGGCGGUGGAUUUGACCCUGAGCCACGAGGCCUCUGUGGCCGGGGACCCCCACAGCAUGAGCGUGGCCGAGCGGGAGAGCCGUCUGCUGCAGAGGGAGGUGUCGGCGCGCGGGCUGGAGCUGGACGCGCUCCGCCUGGAGGUGGACAGGCUGGGGGAGGGCCGGGGUCCCGACCACGACCACGACCACGCCCACCCCCAUGACCUUGACCACGCCCACGACUGCGCCCAUGACCUUGACCACGCCCACGACCGCGCCCAUGGGGGGCUGCCGGGACGACUGGCGGCGGUGGAGAGGAAGUACCAGCGGGUCCAGAGCGCCCUGACCCAGCAGAGCUCGGAGCUGCAGGACACGCGCAUGCUGACCGAGUUCCUGGAGCGUGUGGAGCUGGAGGAGAGCCAGGACCCCAGCCAGUACCGCCUGGCCCAGCCUCUCCACAGUGACAUCACCUCGGACCCCUCUCCGCUGGCCCUCCCAGGCGGCGGGCUGGGCGAGCCCCUGAUAGAGAGCCUGGGCGACCCCGUAGGAGAGCUGCGGGAGGCGGUGGAGAUGCUUAACGACACGGUGAGGCAGCGAGGCCGUACGCAGAGCCACGACAAGGCCGUCCGCUCGCUGCUCAGCAAGCACGCCAGGGUGGCGGUGCGCGUGGAGGAGUGCCUGUGCUGCAGCAAGGAGCUCAACAUGGACGUCCUGGAGAGGGAGACCGAUAUGGCCGUCCGGUGUGAACCGGAGAGCUGUGGUCUGGAGGAACUGGAGGAGCAGCAGGACCAGCUGGAGAUCGACUAUGAGGUCAUCCGAGAGGAGGUGGAGGACAUGGGGAGCGAGGCCUCGCGGCUGGAGCAGCUGUGUCCGGAGAGGCUGCAGGUCCCGGGGGGGAGCCGGAUCCAGAACACCCUGCAGGCCUGGAAGGAGCUGGAGAGCAGCAUGGCGGAGAACCGCUCGCGACUGCAGGAGUUUAUCCAACUCAAGUACUUCUUCAGGAGCUACCUCGCCAUGAUCUCGUGGACCGAGGACACCCGGGCCUGCAUCUUCUCCGACAGCGCGCUGAACCUGGGGAGGGACGGGCAGGAGCCGAUCGCCACGGAGCUGGACCGACAGAUCGAGCAGAAGUUCCAGGAGUUUGACGAGCUGGCAUCCACGGGCGUCAACCUUCUCCGCCGGGAGCACCACCUCACCGAGAUGGUGAAGGAGCGUAUGGAGGAACUGAGGAGCAUGCUGGGUUGGAUCUCAGUCCACUGGAGGGCCCAGAAACAGCAGUGGCUGGACAGGCUGAAGAGAGAGGAGGGCUCCCAGGACAACAUCUACUGUGAGGCCGCAAUGGGCUCCCCACUCACUGAGAGUUCCACUCCCAGACCAGAGGUCUACCAGUGCCUCCGGCCCCUUGGAGUCAGCCCCCGCGAGGACACCCAGACGCCGCGGCCUGACAGCCAACCCGCCUCCCCGGGCAGCAGGCCGGCCCAGCGCCCGGACCCGGGCCAGGAGGACGACUACGAGGUCAUGACCCGUGUCGGGGGAAGGCCGGGAGGCGAGGCGGCCAAGCCCACCGUCUUGGUCCUCAAGGAGCCCGGCGGGGCUGCCCUGGGGGGCACCGUCAACCUCCUGCUCAGCCUCCGCAGCACGGGGGACAGCCAGGUCCAGGUGCUGGAGCCCCCUGCUGGAGUGGAGGAGGAGUUGCAGGAGGAGGCCUCAGAACCCGUUCACAGGCCUGCUGAGUCCCCCGCCUGUAAAAGCUUUUGGCGACGCUGCCAGGGGCUUUUGGAAAAUACUUUUGGUAGUUUAAAACGAAAGAGAAAGAUAUAUCGGCAGAGUGCGGACGAGGUGAGCACCUACCUGCACGUGAAGGACAGCGGCAUCGGCCUGACGCCCGUCUACGAGAGCAUCACCCUGCCCCGCCUCAAGACCUACGCCUCCAGCCAGGUGGCCAUGCCCUCCUGCUCCACCGCCGCCUCCUCCUCCUCCUCCCCCUCCUCCUCCACCUCCUCCUCGACGUCCUCCUCCUCGCCGCUCGCCACGCUGGCGCCCGGCGUGUUCUUCCACCCGACGGCCCGCGGCGGCGCCUCCAUGUUCAGUAGCCUGAAGAGGAUGGGCCAGAAGAGGAAGAGGAAGAGGGACGCCCGCCGCCACACCAUCCAGAGGAUCAUGGGGGUGGACGAGCGGGCGGGGGCGGAGCCCCGCUACGGCUGCGAGGGCGUGGCCUACGACACGCACACCUGGCCGCUCAAGGAGGGCCGGAGGAAGAAGCAGAGCGCGGCGAAGAGCCCCGUGAGAGUGGGAGGAAGAGGGAGAGGAGGCGAUGGAGGGGGAGAGGAAGACACGGCGUACAUGAAGAACCCCCUGCUGAUGGACAUCGACAGUGAGUGCUCGGGGGAGUACAGCAUCACGCCGUACGCCGUGUGCGGCGGGCCUCAGGUGAGGAGCCACUGCCGCUUCCUCUCCCUGGGCUCCGUCCUGAGCUUCGAGCUGCCCAAGGACAUGAGCGUCAUCCCCAGCAUCCAGGACAUCAUCACCAUCGCUCCGCCCGAGUGCAAGAAGGCGGCCGGGGCCGACCCGGAGCAGCAGCGGCCCCGGUCGUUGAGCUCCUUCAAACACACCCCGCCCACCCCCCACAGCCCCAGAGUGUAUCCCGGGUAUCCCGAAGUCGUCGUUAAGGACACGCCCGACGCGGGGGAGACCACCCCUCGCCACCCGCACCCCCAUCAAUCCCAUCCCCCGUUCCCGGGAGAGGUGGCGGAUCAGACCGUGCCGUGCACUGACCUCCGCGGGGCCUCCGGGCCGGGUCUGCAGGAGGACCCAGAGACGGAGUGGGACAAGAUGUCCCAGCUCCAGGUCAGCCCCUCCGCAGACGCAGACGAAGACUACGUCGUCAUGGAGGGGAGCGGGCGUCUCAGGCAGCUCUCGGCGGACAGCGGCCCGCGCGGGAACCCCGCCCGGGGGGACGGCGCCUCGAAUGUGAACGCCGUCCUGGUCGCCGCCGCCGCUCCGUCGGCGACGCGCGGCCGCCACGAGUGCCUCAGCGUGCACACGCUGAUCCAGGACCUGGACAAGCACCAGUACCACAGGGCCGCCGGGCUCCAGGGGGAGGAGAGGACGCCGGCUCAGGUCCAGAGCCAGGCCUCCCACAUGGUGGUCAACCUCAAGGCGGCGGUGGGCGUGGGCGGCCUCAACGACUCCCUGGACUCGGGGGUCUCCAGCACGGGCAGCGCCAGGCUGUGCGCGGAGGCCCCGUGCCCGGACGUCGUCCCCCGGCCCCGGGCGGUGGUGAGGAGGCUGGUGUCUCUGGAGCUGGAGGGGCUGGACUGCAAGCUCGCCAGGGUGACCAGUGGUCAGGCGCCCGUCGAGCCGCCGCCGCCGCGCUCCCCCCCCGCUCCGAACGAGGCCGGGGGAGAGCUCGAGGCUGGGGUCGAGGGCGAGGGCGAACCGUUCCGCACGGACCACCGGCAGUUCGAGGAGGAAGAGGAGGAGCUGGAGGACAUCUGGAACCGCACCAGGAGCUACAGGCAGAGUAUCUGCUCCGACAUCAUGUACCAGCCCCACCAGGAGGAGGAAGAGGCCCCCGCGGCCCCCUGCCACCAGGGGGAACCCCCCCUGGACACGCCCCUGUCGCCCGCCGCCAAGCCCCAGGCCGUGCUCUACAGGAAGCUGGUCACGGCGUCGGCCCCCAACCUCCUGGUGGCCGAGUUCAAGCUGCCCCCGUCCAUCCAGUCCCUGCUGGGGUACGACAGGGAGAAGCCCGCGGGAGAGCGGCUCCCCCUGGUGGCCAAAGGCGAGAGGAGGUCCUGGGCCUGCGAGUCUUCUUCUGCUGUUGUGAACGAGAGGUCUUCAGACGUGGUGAAGCGGACCGAUGUGGUGGACACUCAGAGAUACGUUUACCGCUAUGGAGACGAAGAGGAGGAGGAGGUGGAGGAGGAUGCAGAGGUGGUGAAGAAAGGGCAGGAGGAGGAACAGAUGAAGGAGGACACAGCUUGUUCACAGGAGCAGUCGGUGAGCCUACUGUCGGUUCUCAGGAACCCAGAGGGUGCCUCUCGUAUCGGAACCACCCUAGAAAGCUCCAGCGAGAUGGAGAAUCAGGAUCCCAGGAUGGCCACCGGAGGGCGCUGCAGGACAACGAGUGGGAAGGCAGAGCUGCAGUCCAUGGAGGGAACUCUGGAGAGGAAGCAUAAACUCCAGCUAGGGGGGAAGAAAGCGGCGUCCAGAGGCUGGAACUCCCACCACGCCGUCCUGUACAGACACAGCCUGUGCUUCUACCAGGACAGGAAGGAUACGCUGAGGAGUUCCGUGUGCGGGCUGCCACUCAACCUGGUGGGAGCGGAGUGUGAGCCAGUGCCGGAGUACACCAAGAAACCCAACGUCCUCUGUCUGCGGCUGCGAGAUGGCUCUGAAUACUUACUGAACGCCUCGUCGCGCUUCAUGAUGAGGAAAUGGAUGCUGAAGAUACAAGCAAACACUGGACCCACUAGCUCCGCCCCCUCAGUGUCUCCUGGCCCUGUCAAUCAAGACCUCCCUGUUUCCUCGAGCCGCUCGCUGUGCCCUGGCUGCCAGGGUACGGACCGAUGCCACUGCACCUCCCGGCCGGACCUCAUCUCCACCUUCCCCCGGCGCAAGGACCGGUCGCCCCCCCAGGCCAAAGAGAUCGUGGUGCUGACCCGGGAGUACAGCCCCAUGACCCAGGGCGGUCAGAGCACGGCCGGGGAGCAGUCGAGGGCGGUGGCCCCUGCUGAGGCAGAACCCCGUGGCGAUGAUGAUGAUGAUGAUGAUGAUGAUGAUGAUGAUGAUGAUGAUGCUGUGGCCGGCCUGAGGAGUCUUUCUGGGGGCUCUCCAGGGAACAGCCCGCCUUCGUCCUCCCCCCACAGCCCGGGGACCGCGGAGAAAGACUGGCUCCAGAACAAAUGCCGCUCCCACUCCUUCACCUCAGCCACUUAUCAGAAGAUCCGUCCGGUGAGGAAGCUUACCCCCGCGGUGGGGGGGGGCGGGGAGCUGGGCUCCAGCUACUCUGUGACUCUGGUGAUAGGCGACCGGUCUUCCGGGGACCAGGGGGGGCCUCCCGCCAGCGGGGGCCCCGAAACCCCCGUGCUGCUGGGCACGGUGGGGUGGACGCACCGGGCCCCCCCCGGGGAGGACGGCGCCCCCUGGAGCUACGCCAGCCUGCCGCGACCGGCGCGCAACAAGUCUGUGUUCAAGAAGAUCUUUGGGAAGAAGGAGGGACAUGUGUGAAGGGGCUCCGGCCGUCACAGCGGCGCCCCCUAGUGGAUUUCUUUAUAUGGGUUUUAUAUUGAUGUUUUUUAAUGUGCAGGGCACAUGUUUGUUUAAGAAGUAACCGGCCUGAGUCGAGUAGUUGCAGAUUAUAUUUAUGUUCAAGAGGGUGGACAAGAGUUGUGUGUUGUUUAAAUCAAGCUUUGUGAAAUCACUUUCGUAAUUUUUGUAUUAUUUUGUGUUCCAAAGUAAAGUCUUACAUUUCUGUUCUAAAUUAAAUAAUGUCCAAUUACAAUUAACUUAAUCAAGGGACCCUUAGACCAUAAUUGUUGAGCUAAUCAACAAUCUCCACAUCCACUUCAGACAAUAGACCAAAAGGAACCAACCAAUCAAGUUGCUUUAAUUUAAUAUACCGGUAUGUUUGAUUUGCCUCUUCUUGGUAACAUAUUGUUUGUAUUGGAAGAUUUUCUUUGAUGCCAAUAUCCUGUUUUAGAUGAAUAGAUAUGCGACACCAUGAUGGGUUAAGUGCAUCCCACUUAAAAGUUUCCUCUUUGGAUUGUGAAUGGAAGAGUUUUGUGUGAGAGAAUAGCUGAAUGACAACAUUUCCCCGAACCCAUCUGUAGUUGUCUGUUGUAUUCCGAAAUGGCUGCAGGCUACUGCUGUGUUUUGGUGUAAACAGUGGCGUACAAACAUAGAAAAGAUACCGCUUAGGUUAAAAGCAGCGUGUAAUAUAAAAGCUGAUCCCUUUUCUGAUGUUUAUCUUAGUUCUUGUUGUUUUUUUACAUAUACUGAAUGUAUACCACUCAUACUACUUGUGUUGCUGCAGCCUGAUUCACAACCCAAAGUAGUCCAAUAGGACUCUGAUGGGCUUUGCUUCACUACACCGUCGGUUCCAGCAGUUUGAUACUGCGUGUGCUUGUCUAGGGACGAACGCCUCAUUCACAAUGUCAUUUAUAAUAAAACAUUUUUAAACCAAUCAAGAGAUGCAACCAAUUUUCAGAAUUGUUAUUUUUUUUCUGUAUGAUUAUUCAUGAGUGCUGAUUUUUUUCCGUCUAAUUAAUCAAGGUUUGUUGUGGAGCCGGUGGCUGCCCAGAAAGAGGACAUGAAUAGGCAGGAUGCUGCCGCAGAUUAAGGGCCGGCCCUCAGGGCCAUUGCCUGCUGCAAGAUGUUCAUUAGUCUUAUUUUUGCAUAUUAGAAGGUAAGACACGAUUCAAAGACACGACCCCAUGACAAAUCUAUAAUGUACUUAGCAUUAAUUCUGAAGCGCUUUAUGAACAUACGUCGCAGGGCUAUACAAUGGUAAAUAUACAUUUAUACAGCGCUUUUCUAACCAGUGGCCUCUCAAAGCGCUUUACAAUACUGCCUAAAAGUCACCCAUUCAUGCACACAUUCAUGCACAUAUUCACGGCGGAGUCAACCACGCAAGGCACCAGCCAGCUCGUCGGGAAAGGUGAGGGUGAGGUCGUGUCUUGCUCAGGGACACGUCGAGACUCAGCUUGGAGGAGCCGGGGAUCGAACCAGCUACAUUUCGAUUACCAGCCAACCCGCUCUACCUUCUGAGACACGUGCCGCCAA